GAGGUCCCUUCCAACCCUAAUGUGUCUGUGCUUCUUCUUGCUUCUGAGCAGCGGCCCUUUGUGUUUAUCUAGUCACAGCACCCUCUGCUCACUGCUGUCAGUCUCCACUGAGGAGUGCAGAAGCUUUUAGGAUGGAGCUUCUAUGUUCAUUAUUUGUCCUUAUCUAGGUUUGUGUCUGUCAAGCCAUUUCGAAUUAUGUUGACAUAGUUGUCUUUUGCCCAUGUGCAGAAUACCUUACUGUGCAGUGGGGAUUACAGUGAGUCACAAAUGAUAGUUUGUGGUAGGAUUACAGAAAGACUAAUGAACAGGAAGUUGUAUUGCAGGAAAAAAGCCAAACAACUCCCCUGCAAAACCAGGACCCCCCAAAACCAACAAACAGUACUUUCCCAGAAGAAUAAAUUAGCAUAAAACUUGGGGAAAAGUUUCCUGACGAUGUUAUUAGAUUAAUUACUUUUGAAGGAUUAUGUGAGUGCAGGUCCAUGGAAUUGGCACUACUUGCUGAUUUGGAGCCCCUUGUGAUGUCCUCUGGUAUUCUGGAUACACAAGAGUGGAAGACUUCUGCUGAAUAAUCAGGCUGUAUUUUUCACUGAGAAGUGAAUGUCAGAUAUGGCAGAAGGAAAAACAAGAAGUGCCUUUACGUCUUCUGUAGCUGACACACACAGACGUACAAACACCAUAGAUUUUGUGCAUUAGCUGUUGUAAAACCACACAGGAAUAAAAACCUGGAGCCUGUGGAAAUCAGGAGCCAAUUGUGUGCUGAUUUCCUAGAAAAUAGGAAAUAAAACUUGUUAGCUAGAAAGCCACAUUUUUAGCAUUUAAGUCUUUAUAGCAUAUUUAGUCUUUAUACGUGCUUAAACCAUUGUCUACUUUUUUGCACACUCAUAAUGCAGCUGUUGACAUCUAACACUGAAAUUCAUAUAUAUGCUGAUUUAAUGCAUAACAGUAAUAUUUGGGAUUUAUAUUUAUAAACAAGUUUGCCUUUAACAUAAGACCAUAUUGAUGGUUUAUCUUACAUCAAUUUAGUAGGCUGGUACACAUUUCCUUGAUGCAGAUAGGGACCUACACUGCUCUAGAAAUGCCUGGCAGGGCUUGAUACCCCUUUAAUGUGAUUUCUGUUGCUGCAUAUCCAUAUGCAUGGAUGGAAGGGCACACAAACAGCAGUUUUGGUCCCCUUAUGGGCUAUUUAUUCAAGAGUGAGACACAAUGACAUGUGAGGGUCCCUCCAGCUCAGAAGGGACUGAUUAUGUGCAUAAUAAUAGUAAUAAUAAUAAUAAUAGUAGUAAUAAUAAUAAUAAUAAUAAUAAUAAUAAUCUGUCUGAUUUAUUCACCAGACAAUUUUUUGUUUCAGCUGCUGCUGUAGUUUCCUGUUCUUUCUGUGUUCUUGAGGUGCUUGGUCGCUCAAAAUUCAUGGUCAUACAGAUUGCUUUACCGAUGAAAAUAAAUUAAUAUUGUCAUUAAAGAACUUUGCCAUACCUCAGCUUGUGUGUAAGAAUUCUGACCAGGAGACCAGGAAGAGCUGUACAACAAGGUAUUUGGAAAUAGCCUCUAGUGAAGAGCUCAGUGCCUAGGAUCUCCCAGAGCUCUGUCCCAGAGCUGCUCAGAGUUUGCUAAUGUUUGUUUCUGAGUCCCUUCUUUCUCUCAAAGAGUUGCUUCCAAUCCUGUAUGGACAUGUUUUCCAGAGGCUUCUGGUGCAUCUGAAUUUGUGAGAUAUCUUGCAUUUUCUGUUAUGUUGAGGGAAAGUGCCCUGUCUGAAGUGAGAAAUAUUUUAUAUGAAGGUAACCAAAGUUACAGCUCUAGCAAAUAAUCAGUGAUGGCUUCUCUGAGCAGGCAAAGAAGAAAAUUGCCCCUAACAUGCUGUACUGUAACAGUGGUGUUGACAUAAGUCUGUACUUAACAUUGCUCACAUGCAGUGCUUGGUAGCAAACAGAAACAGCAAGUGUGGCUGACGUCACCAGGCAGAGCUAGAUCCCUGUUAAUCAGCCCACAUUCCUAACUCUAUUAGCUCCUGCAUGGAAGAAUUUUUGAUAGAUGAGGACUUGCUGAUAUGACUACUACAUCUUGAUCAAAACACUGGGUAAUUAAACUCCUUAGAAACACUGAUGUUUUGAGCUGUGAUUUCUGUAGCAGUCUCUGUGGUCCAGGCACAGGCAGACAGGCUGUCACAGACUGCCUUGCAAGCUGCAGUUUUAGCAUGUGUUCCCUUUGAAAGGCUCUGUGUAUUUCUCUGGAGGAAAAAUGAGUCUAAUGUCAGUGGAGUUGAUCAUCCAAUGUGGACACAUUCCCAGUGAUCAGAUUUUCCUGCAUCUUCAAAUAUGCCUAUAAAAAUGGUGAAGAAAGAUUAUUUAAUAAAAGCAAACUAAUAACCAGCCCAACUUCACUACUGUGUGCUACUCAUCCUGAUAGUAUGCAGGUUGAGUACAAUUUAAGCCCCAAGUGUGUAUAUCCAUGCUGGGCAGCAGAGCCUCAUACUGCUUAACAAGCUGUUGGAGACCUCUAGAGCCAUGUUGUGUCUCUUCUGGUGGGUAAUUUUGGAGAAAUUCGAGGCUUUGUAGAAUAGGGUUCUGUGUAGUUGUGAUGCAUAAAUUCAAUGUAAAAGUUCAACAACAGAUAUUUAUGAAAAGAGUUCUUUUUUAUAAUUGCUCUCUUCCAGGUUUUUGAAGAUGACCUGUGGCUUCAGAAAGAAAUGGGAUGCCUAGGAAUGGCAGCAGUGCCCUUACCUGUGGUCAUUCAGGCAAGCAAAGUCUCUCACCAGCUCCUGACCUCUGCAGCCUCAGCCAGCCAGUGGAGCCAUUCGCUGUUUGCCUUGAUACCCUCAUGGACAAAGAAGGUGUUGUUCAAACGAGAAUCUGACGUCAGCCACCUCCUGCCUGAAGAUGUGUCCAAUAUGUCAGUGUCUUCUGAAUUUGGAAUAACCCUUCAGAAAUGUGGUAUGGUGGAUGUUGAACAUGACCCUCAAACUGCAUACAUUACACUUGUGAUUAAUAACACCAACACAUUGCUCUCAACAAACAUCACAGAUCUUAUCCUCCUGGACAACAUCACUGGUCUACAUGUUCAAAAAACCAGUGGGAAUAAGACCACAGAUGGCAUACAGGUUUACAGGAAAAGUUUCUUGCAAGGUGGAGAAUACUUUGCAAUCAACUACUCUGCACUUCUUGAUGCAGAAGAAAUGUGGCAUGGCAGGGUCUUGACACUGCCUGCAAAGCUCACUUUCAGGAGUUCAUCACAGAAUAAAACACAUCUCGUAUCAUUGACAGCAUCAUUUACCAUAAUGGAAGAAGAAAAGACCAAGAUUUUAUACAGCCAUGCCAUCAGUGCUUCAGGGUUCUUCAUUGCUUUUUUCGUUUCACUUGUGUUGACAUGUGCUAUCUUUUUCAUCAUUUACCGAACCCAAAUAUUAAAAUGGAGUUUCUGUUGUAAAAACCAGGAGAUACAGCCUGAUCUCAGCCAAAACCACAAACUGGAGCAUUCUCAAUUUAAUUCAGGUGAUCUCUUUAGUGAAGAUAUAAUUAUGAAUGACCAAAUCAUUGAUAUUCUGUCCUUUGAAGAACCUGAGAACAUGCUUCAGGCUUUAGAAGAUUUGGAGGUUGCCAGCCUGACACGGGCAGAUGCUGAUCUGGAGGCCAGUCGAACACAGAUCUGUAAAGAGGUGAUUGCUUUGAUGUUGAAGAACAUGGUCUUAAAUCACAGCCUCUUUCCUCAUGUGGAGAAGAAGAUAAGUUCAGUUUUCAAAAAGCAGUUCCUUGCAAUAGAGAAAGAGAUUCAAGAGGAGUAUGAAAGGAAGAUGGUGGCUUUAACAGCUGAAUGUAAUCUGGAAACGAGGAAGACAAUGGAGGCUCAAUGCCAAAAAGUAAGAGCUGCAAAUGAAGAGGCUGAGGAAUUAAUGAAGAAAACUAAUGAAAAGCCUGCUGUAGAAUACAGAAGUCUUCUUGACAAACUUCACAGACUGGAGCAGGACUGCCUGAAGAGGUUCCUUUUUGUAAAGCAGGAGGAAUAUUUUGCAAAGGCUUAUAGAGAGCUGGCUAUUACCCAAAGAAAGGAGCUCCAUACUAUCUUUUUUACACAGAUAACGAAUGCCACUUCAAAGGGAGAACUGAAGUUGGAAGCAGCUAAAACAUUAGUGGAAGGUUACUCUAAAAUACAGGGUGACAUUGAAGAGCUAAUGGAUUUUCUGCAAGCUUGCAAGAAAUAUCAUCUGAAUAAAAGAUUUUCUUACAGAGAAUAUCUUAUAAGUAAGAUACAGUCAAGGGAUUCUCAUGUCUCUGCUCUUAUAAAUGCUGCAGCAGCCCAGAUAUCAAGUCUCAUUAAUAAGACAGAAAGAGCAGGUCAUCUUCCUGAAAGUCAUUUGGGAAUCCUGUUGGACCGAGCUGAGACUGAAAUUAAUUUUGUUAAACAGAAGUUUGGUCAUGAUUUAAAACAAGAAAAGCAGAAGCUUUGCCAGAAACUCAUUACCAAGCGAAGGCGGGAAAUGGUGCAAAAGCAGAAAGAGCAUCAGAAGGAGCAGCUGUCACUUGGAGAUGCUUUCAAAACUACUAAUGAGAUCUCUCACUACCUGAGACACUGGAAAAAUCUUCUGAGUGAUCACACCAUUGAAUUUGAAGAACUUACUGAAAAGCUUGACAAUGAGGCCAGCGAAGAGCUAAAGGAGCUUCUAUUGAGCCUAGCACAGAAAGCCUUUGAAGAGCUUAAACGUGUUCAGUGUGGAGUGUUUGUGCAAGAACUGGUCAAGCUCAAUGUGCCAAAGUUGUUCCUGCUAGAAGCUGUGGAGGAGCUCAAAAAAGAGAUGGUGGUUAAACAGGCACAACUUGAAAGGGAAGAACAUGACAAGGGCAUGGCUGCUGAAGAGCUGCUUCAGCUCACCAGGCAGAAGCUAAGCCAAGAGCUGGAAACAGACAUCUCAGAACAAAAAAAGAUAAGGAGCUGGGAACAGUCAAUAUUCAUGCAACUUCUGAGUUUACCCCUCUCACUCUCAGAAGAGGAGUUGCUUAGAAUGAGGCAAGAGCUGCACUGCUGCUUCUCUCAGGUGGACAGCAGCUUGGCCUGGCCCAAGAUAAGAGCAAGAACCUUGUUUCAGGCUUUUGAAGUGGACCAGAGGGACACCGAGGUGAUGAAAGUUGAGCAGAAUUUAGCAAUGGCCAACAAACAGCAGCAUUCUAAAAUGGGAAAAACAGGAUCCAGGAAUAGAAAAAAGUUAGAUAUUCUGAAGAAAUCUUUACAGGACAAAAUUUCAAUUUAUGAAGACUCAGUGAAAAGUGAAAAUUUGAGUAGGAUUAAGUAUGAGCUGCAGCUUGAAAAAGAGCGUCACCUGCGCAAUCUGGAAAAUAAACUUGGAGAGUAUAUUGCUUCUUUAGCCUUUCAGAAGACUGUUAAAAAAUCCAAAGUGCUGGAGCUGUAUACUGCUAUCAAAAAUGUGCAAGCUUUGCUCUUUGAACAACUGAACACGUCAAAAACCCUGUCAAAACUGGAAUGCAUUCAGAUUUUAGAAGCACAUAAUCCUGAGAUUGAAGAACUUGACAGGAAGCUGGAGUAUGAGAUGCUGCAUAAAGAGUCGGCACAGCAGCAUCUAAUGAAUAGGCAGAGGUGGAUUCUGGAUGUUUUGGGGCUCUCAAAUGAAGCUGUGGACACCAGUGCAGAAAGACACGUGACAGUCCUGUUAAAACAGGCCAUGAAUAAAUGUAGACAGUUUAUAAACCUGUACCAGCAAAGCUUGAGAGAUGAGCAAUGGAAUUGCGUGGUGCUUGAAGAUCUCCUGGAAAAUAUAGAAACGAAUGCAUUUUUGGCAAUUUAUAGUCAGGAACUUCGUCUGGCAGGAUAUUUAGCUAAACUGAUGAGGGUACCAAUGGGAGUGUUGCACAGGGUCCUGAACUUGUUGCUGCCCUCCAGCUCACAAAGUGAGGUCAUUUCUGUCCUCGAUUCCAUCAGUAAAUACUCAGAUGGUGUUGUUGAAAGUGACAGCAAUGCAGAUGAGUCUGGCAGCUGUAAGAAAAGGAAGAGCCAAGAGCUGUGGCAAACACUGGAGAACAAAAUAAGGCAAGAUCUGAUAAACAGAAGUUUAGAGAAGAUCCCUUCUCUAAACAGGAGAAAAGACAGCUUGAUAAAGAAGAAGCAACUUGCUCUCUUGGAAAAAGCAGCAUUCAUUCAUCUGGGACGUUCACCUGCACAUCCUCCUAUGGAACAGCCUGGUCCAUCUGUUUCUCUGAACUCUGCAGCUGCUGAAGCCAUAGAGCUGUUAGACAUAGGGGAGAAGAUAUUUUUGUUCCGUGAGCCAAGUGAUCCAACACUUGCUUUGCAUAAUUUUCCAAGAAAAAAGAAAAAGAACUUUCUUAAUUCUAAAAAGGCUGCUCGUGCAAACACAGACUCAUAAGAGCAACUUCCAUUUAAGGUGUCAAUUAGGGAAGAGGAAGUUAUUUAAAAUUCAGUAAAAUGAUGAGGAAGAAUGAAAUGUACAGCUCAAAUAACGUGUGCUGUUUUAAUGUGAUUUGUCUGGUAUUGGAAAUAGAUGUAAUUUUAGAAUGGCACAGUUAGUGAUGUGCAUGCAUCUUGCAUUUUUUAAUUCUUGUAAGUGCUUUGUUGCACUAGGUGAAAUAUGAUGUUCUAUGAUGCACAUUUAUGAUGCACAUAAUAUGUUCUAUGAUGCACAUUUUGGCAGGUAGGAUUUUGUGUUCCUUCAUUACAUUUUGGUCAUUUUUGCACUGAUUUUACUGUAGCUGUAUUUUCAUAAUUUAAACAGAAAAUUUAUUUAUUGUACGUGGUAGGUACUGAUUUACUAUUCUUGUAUUUAUAUUUUUGUGGUAAGCUGCAGUAUAGCAGAUGACAUGAAGAGAUGAACCACAUGUCCUCUGUUCUCUGAUUUUAUGUUAUUCUAGUUAAUUCACUGUUUAACAUUGUGUUCCUAAUAGGUUUUGCAUGUUACUUCUGCAGUCUGUGUUCCACAGUGACAGCUGGUAGUCCAGAUCUUUAGUAUAUAUUUGUGUACUUAGCCUUACAUCCUGGAGUAACUUCAGCAUUUCACUUUUUCUAAACUUAUUUCAGUUCAGCUGUGAGUGUGGCUACUGUUCCAAACUAUUAAAUUUUUACAGUCUUUUUCUUGGUGAAGCAGUGUCAAAACAUUUGCUCAGUAGGAAAGUGAAAAAUGUAAAUGGGCAUAUAAUUCCUUCAGAAGCUCUUUUGAUUGCAGUGCUGCCAAUUUUCACAAUUUUAGGUUUUUUGAAAUUCUUAUUUCUGAAUUUCUCUAAAUUGAUAAGAAUAAGAGUUAAUUUUUAAACCUGUCUAGUUGAUUUGAAGAAUCCUAUAAAUAUGAAUCCUAAAAAGAAGAACAAGAAAAAGCUAAUUAAAUUAACCACAUGUAUUUGUUAAUAUUUCAUAUUAUUCAAGCCUGUUUUGAGGGGGCUGUAACUGUAUUUGAAUGCUAUGCUCUGGGGUAUAUUAUACUGUCAUAAUAUAUUUUAUAUUUUUUCUUGUACAUAUCUUCUGUGCCUUUUUAUUGCCAUAUUAUUA